CUGUGCACCUGCACACAGAGAGAGCUGCGGAGGAGGCGGAGAGGAGUUUGGAUGCUUCGGCGAGGCUGACGUUUUCACUCGGUAUCGGUACAACUUCUUUCACCAAGUUUUAUCCGAAGAACUGUUGGGAUAUUUAACACAAGGAUGGCGCUUUCCAACCCCCGGCUUUGCUUUAUACUGUUGAGCCUCUUUCCAGCCCUGGUCUCAGGUUUAGAGGUCACAACUACUCAGGUGGUGGCCCUAGAGAAGGCUGCCGGGCAGAGUGUGAAGUUGGACUGCCAGUUCACCUUGGUCCCAGAAGAUUCUGGACCGCUGGACAUAGAAUGGAGUUUGCUGGCCGCCGACAGCAACGAUGAAGACAAAGUGGUGAUUCUGUACUCGGGCGACCGGGUAUACGAGGACUAUUACCAGCCCAUGAAAGGUCGAGUUCACUUCAACACACCCGACCCAAAGAAUGGUGACGCCUCCAUCAACUUGACAGGACUGAAGUCGUCAGACUCGGGCACCUACCAGUGUAAAGUUAAGAAGGCUCCUGGUAUUGGCAGCAAGAAAAUGAAGCUGAUCGUUAUGGUGCGGCCGUCAAAACCAAGGUGUUCAAUCCAAGGUACCACAGAAGAAGGCAAAAACAUCGUGUUGAGAUGCACCACUGCUGAGGGAACCAAGCCGAUGCAGUACAAUUGGGAGAAAACCACCGACAACAAGCUGCUGCCUUCGACUGCCGUUUUAGAUCCAGUGGAAGGUACCAUCAAUGUGAGAAAUGUGUCUACCAGUGCAUCUGGUACCUAUCGCUGCGUUGCCAGUAACCGGGUUGGCUCGGAUGACUGCGUCCUCAAUCUGCUCAUCACUCCACCGCGUAACACUGCAGGCAUCAUCGCGGGAUCCAUUAUAGCUGUACUCCUGAUCCUGAUCCUUCUCGCCAUCAUCCUCUUCUGCUUCUGCCGUGCUCGCAACCGCAAGAAGUACGAGAAGGAAAUCUGCAACGAGAUAAGAGAGGACGUGCCCCCUCCGAAGAGCCGCAUGUCAAGUGAGCGCAGCUAUAUAGGCAGCCAGCGCUCCUCCCUGGGAUCCAUGACGCCUUCCAACAUGCAGGAUUACACCCUGAAGUCCCAGUACAACAAGAUCCCCACAGUGGAAGAGUACGAGCGGCCUCCAAGCGUCGCCCCUCUGCCCCCGCCCACCAACGUCGCCCCUCUGCCCCCGCCCACCAGCGUCAGAAUGGCUGGCCCCAAUCUCAGCCGCAUGGGGGGCAUCCCCGUCAUGACCCCGGCCCAGAACAGGGACGGCUCAAUCGUCUAGCGGGUUUUCUUCUAAAGAAGGGACCCUGGACAGAAGCCAGUAAAAAUGAAGCAGUGGGUGGGGUGGGGGGUGGGGCGACUCACCCCGCCUUUGCUUUUUAUUAUUUACAAAUACGAAGGUCCUCUUAUGAAGACAUGGCUCUGCUCUGUUGAUGGUGUGCUGUAUUGGGAAUAGAGCACAUUAACUUUUUAUCAAAUACAAGACAAAAAAAAAACACUUUUAUGCAUCUUAUGUCCUGGAUUUUCUCACAGGAAAUCAAUUAGUGUGGAUAUUAAGCAGAAUGGUCAAUAUACAAAUUCUAUUGUACAUAAGUGAAUGCAUGUUUUUUUGUAUUUUACAUGAAUUUUCUUGCUGUUGAUAUACUGUAUGUGUAACAUAGAGCCAUCCUCUCCAUUGUCGCCCUGUCCAGCCCUCUGCAUGCCUGUGUGUAGAAACCUGCAGCUGGGUGUGUGGAACUGGCAGGUGAUGUACGUGAAUGGGAGUUUGGAAAUGUGUAGUUCACUUGGUCUGCAAACCUUGGCCUAUCUUCUCCAUUUACCGGGUCCAGUUUUAAUAGGGCUGGCUUUUAUGAUUGCCUAUAAUUUAAUGUAACCGUUUUUUUUUUUGCUGAUUGAAACACUUCAUUACUCUCAGAACAAAAUGUAACCUCUUUCUGGAAGAGACUCUGUACAGGUCAGCUGUUUGGUGCUCAGCCGUUAUGAUGUUUGAAUUGCCCGCUCUGAGUUCAGCUGCCAGGCUCAGAGGGCUCAGGAUUGGCUAUUCAGGAGGGGGUGGUUUCGAUUUCCAUGCAUCGUGAUUGGCUGAUGAUUGGUUUUUGACCAAGGUCCAGUUUCUAUUCUCCAGCCCCAUUCUAAGGCUCAGACAGCCUGCUUUGGCAAGUAUGGGUGACAGCUGGACCACAAGGUCCACUGAGCAAUCAGCUUUGAUUGUGUUUGACUAUGAAAAGACCCCCGCCCUCGGUGGCCACCAGGAGAAGUGGACCUCCCCAUGGACAUCCAUACACAGACCAAAUUAAGAAGACAAAGCCGAACCCCUUGGAUUUAUCUGCGUGUGUAAUCCUACAUAUUUGUUGUUGCACUACAAGGAGGCUAAACCUUGAUUCUCCCUGUGGCUGAUGUGAAACGGAUCAGGGCUUAUGUAGCGUUAAUUGAAGAUUUUAAUGAAGGAUCUUAAUGAAGAAGUUUCCCACACAGCAGAAUGCUGCGUACUGUUUCUCUCCGUCUCCAUGAAAAGCGCUUGUGUUCGACCUUGGUUUUCAAUCUCAGGGCAGAAUCUGUCGGUCAGUUUAAACUACACAACAGCGUCCUCCACUGUUUGGCCUGUUUUCUUCCUUUCUUCCAUCCUCAGAAAGCCGAACAUCUCAUCUGGUUUCCUACCUUACAGGACAAACACAAUACAAAGUGCAAACUUUUUAUUUGUUCUCCGAUGCCUUGUUCUCUCCUUUAUUUUGGCCUUACGCUCUUUCCGUGUUUAUCUUGUCUAGAUCAGAUUGUUUUGUGCCUUGUUUCCCGAGUUGAACUGCCUGAGUUGUUGCUGUGUUCUGUGUGGAAACGUCGGUCUUCAUGGCCGUCAUGGGCUCCAGAACAAUAACAGUCAUCACUCUAAGCUUAGGCUGGCAAUAUAGCAUGCUUUUGUUGGUAUUUCCACAAGAAUCUACAACAAAGAAUGUUCUGGUGGCUCCAAAUCGAAAGAGGAAAAGCAACGAGUAUUGCUCGGUUGCAGCUAGAGGGAAUUCUGGCACUUUCCCCGGCAUCUCAUUAGAAAUGAAAACGGUUUGAACAGUACGACUUCAGCUCUGAAAGGGCAACUUUUUAAAAGCUUGGUGUGCUUUAACAGCAGCGAGCAGCCCACGCCUGCACCGCACACACAGUCUUUGUUGCUCUUACCUCCACUGAAUCUAGUCUUUGAGGAUGGGAUCUCAGACCUUAGCUAGAAGUGUCGGUUUUUAUCUAUUUUAUGCUUUGUCUCAAUGUUCGUUUUCUUUGUGUGUGUGUUGGAUCCAAGGGGCCCUGCAGAUGGGAUUUCAUAUUACUCGUUCCUGAACAGAAAGUGACAUCUUGGUUGCCUGUCAGUUGUGCUUCAGCCCUGUUCUCGGUGUGUUUUUGUAUCUAACACUUGUUGCUAGCCAGGUUGUGGCCCUAGUAAAGAUCUGCUGGUAAAGUGUACAGAGCUCCAAAUGACUUGAUCCUGUUACUCUUCCAUGUUCAUAACUUUCAUGUUAACUGCUAUUAACAAAAUUAACCGUAGCUAUGAAAUUGGUGUACUAAUACUGUAUGAAGACUCCAUCGGAGUGCACACUGUGCUGGAAUCGUAUUUACUUUCUGUGUAUUUUUGUGUUGGAUUUUUGAAUAAUAAAAGUCAGUGAAAAGAAAA